CAUUGUGCUAGGUGUUGCUGUGUAAGUGAGCAAGAUCAAUGCAAUCUAUCAGGGAAGAUCUGGUUGUAAGAAGCUAAUCUCUGUGUUCCACUAUGGCAUCCACACGCCUAACACACUACAUAGUACACAGUGGGCCCUCAAUAAAAGUCUAGGGCUCGAAUAACUCCGUGAGAUGGCCCCGCAUGCCAGCCCUCAGAGCUGGGGAAGUCUAGUUGGCUCUGCAAGGACGCUGCAGGGAAAAGGAUGGUUGUCAGCAGCCGGUAGAGGGCGCUGUGGGAACUCCCGUCCGACUGCGACUUGGCGGAGCGGCGGCCUGGUGGGCAGGGUCAGGGCGCGCGCUGUCUUACCCGCAGCUUACAUGGCGGCUGCCGGCGGAGGUCCCGGACUCGGGGCGACCCCGGUUCUGGAGGCUGCAACUCUGCAGAAACUCGCGCUGCGGCGGAAGAAGGUGCUGAGCGCCGAGGAGAUGGAGCUGUAUGAGCUGGCGCAGGCGGCUGGCGCCGCCAUGGAUCCCGACGUGUUCAAGAUCCUGGUGGACCUGCUGAAUCUGAACGUGGCCCCUCUCGCCGUCUUCCAGAUGCUCAAGUCCAUGUGUGCCGGGCAGAGGCUGGCAAGCGAUCCCCAGGACCCUUUGGCUUUGUCUCUGCCCACGUCGGGCGUGUCGGAGACCCGAGAGGCCUCCUUUCUCUCUGCCAGGAACAGUAGCCCCCCUGCAAGGUCCUCAUUUUCCUCUGCCCUGCGGCCUACGGCCUCUCCGGUUCUGCUCCACGGCCCAGCUGCCACGCACUCGCCUCUCUCUCCAGGGCCCCCCGCUUCCCUCCGGUUCUCUUGCUGCUUGUUCUCUCCUUUUGCAGGAAGAAACAAAGGCGGCCCUACUCUUAGUGGAGCACCUACACUGGCAGAACGUGGAAGCCGGGAAGGAUCCAGCCAAAGGAUGCCCCGCCAACCCAGUGCCACAAGGCUGCCCAAGGGAGGCGGGCCUGGGAAGAGCACCUCUAGGAGCAGCACAUAGGAAGAGAACAGACUGCAUUGCCAGCGUGCUAGAACCAUUGUUCUCCCAGCAAAGGCUGUGUGCCAUCUCCUUCCACUAAGUCUCUCUAAAAAGCUGAGAAUCAAAAUCAUUGUUCUCCCCACAAGAAAACAUCAGAAAUAAGUUUAAAAUUAUGUAAACAUUUAUACCUCACACACAAUUUAUUUUAGUAGGUAUCUUUUUGAUUUUAAAGGCAUCUUUUAUUCUACUUUAUUAGGGCUAUUUUAUUUUUAAAAUUAUAGGAUAGAUAGUAUAUGACAUGGUCUCCCAAAACUUCUUUACAACUCGGUCCUUAUAAUACAUUAUAAACUAAAUCUGUCCCUUUUUAGGUCUUACAGCUACAGUAGCACAUGCCACCACACAAAAAAUUUUUAUUGAAAUGAGCCACUAGACUAAAAGUUCUGUUCAAACACCAAAAUUGUCCUAUAUUUUCUCCAUGUAUCAGCCCUCUGGGUCAACAAAACACCUAUAAACAUUGAUUUCAUUUAAAUUGAUUUGAAUAUAUGUGGUGAGCCGUGUUUGUAGACCGUUGCCGCCAUUAGAAGAUGGCGCCGGUCUCCGUUGUGGAUCUUGGUAAACAACUCCUUAUUAGGGAAGGUUGGCACGCUGUCCCUCAACACCCUAUGAGAAAACCCCGCAUGGCAGCUUUGGAUUGGACUUGAGUAAGCUUUAUUAGGCUAUGCUUGGGCGCUCGGCGGGGGGUCACUAGAAGAUGAUACAUGAAACAAGGCCUGAAUAAACUGCUGAAAGAAGAA